AACAACAACAACAACAACAACAACAACAACAACAACAACAACAACAACAACAACAACAACAACAACAACAACAACAACAACAACAACAACAAUCUCUUAUUGGCGAUGGUGCCAUACAACAACAACAACACAACAACAACAAACAACAACAACAACAACAACAACAACAACAACAACAACAACAACAACAACAACAACAACAACAACAACAACAACAACAACAACAACAACAACAACAACAACAACAACAACAACAACAACAACAACAACAACAACAACAACAACAACAACCACAACAACAACAACAACAACAACAACAACAACAACAACAACAACAACAACAACAACAACAACAACAACAACAACAACAACAACAACAACAACAACAACAACAACAACAACAACAACAACAACAACAACAACAACAACAACAACAACAACAACAACAACAACAACAACAACAACAACAACAACAACAACAACAACAACAACAACAACAACAACAACAACAACAACAACAACAACAACAACAACAACAACAACAACAACAACAACAACAACAACAACAACAACAACAACAACAAC